UAACAUGUGGAGUACUUUUGUCGACUGCAGCCGGGGGGACGAGGUCAAGCACCGGGGAUGAACUCAGAGACAAGGCCCUGCAGUGAGAGGAGUGGAGGCUGAAAACAUCUGCUUCAUCAGGAUGGGCUGUGCUUGGAGUGACCAGAGGCGAGUCAACGCAGGCGACUUCUACAAAGCAAAACACAACUCUCCGGCCUCAAACUCCCAGAAUGUCACUGCACAAAGUGGAAAUAACUAUUUGGAGAAAGAUGAUUACGUGUUUGUGGCACAGCACGACUUCAAUGGCAACAACGAAAACGAUCUGCCUUUCAAGAAAGGAGACCAACUUAAGGUUCUGCAAGAAAAUGGAGAAUGGUGGCGGGCGAGAUUGCUGGCGACGGGACAGGAGGGCUUAAUACCGUGUAAUUACGUAGCCAGAGCAGAUACGCUGGAGGUGGAAAAAUGGUAUUUCAAGAACUUGAGUCGGCGGGAGACUGAGCGAAUGCUUUUGGCGCCUGGUAAUAAACCCGGUGCUUUUCUAGUUCGAGAGAGCGAGACCUGUAAAGGGUCGUUCUCACUGUCAAUCAGAGAUCAUGUAGCAGGAGAAGGAGACAUGGUGAAACACUACAAGAUCCGCACUCUGGACAAAGGCGGCUUCUACAUCUCUCCUUCCACCACGUUCCCAUCACUACAGGAGCUGGUCACAUACUACAGCCGUAUCCCUGAUGGUCUGUGUCGGCGACUGUAUGCCCCCUGUACUCCCAAUGAACUCCAGCUGCCGUGGGCACAGGACGAAUGGGAGAUUCCCAGAGAGACGCUGAAAAUGGUGAAGAAGCUGGGAGCCGGGCAGUUCGGAGAAGUGUGGAUGGGUUUCUACAAGAACAGCCAAAAGGUGGCCAUAAAGACGUUGAAAGAGGGAACAAUGGAGCCUCAGGCCUUCCUCGAGGAGGCCAACCUCAUGAAGCGGCUGCAGCAUGAACGGCUGGUGCGUCUCCACGCUGUGGUCACGAAGGAGCCCAUUCUCAUCGUCACUGAGUUCAUGAUCAAUGGAUGUCUCCUGGACUUUCUGAAAACAGACGACGGAAAGAAGCUGCAGCUCAAAAAGCUGAUAGACAUGUCAGCGCAGAUAGCUGAGGGUAUGGCGUACAUCGAGAAGAAGCACUACAUCCACAGAGACGUGCGUGCGGCCAACAUACUGGUCAAUGAGACCCUGCACUGUAAGAUAGCAGACUUUGGCCUGGCCAGGAUCAUUGAGACGGAAUACACAGCUCAUGAAGGGGCUAAAUUUCCCAUCAAAUGGACGGCGCCAGAGGCCAUCAACUUUGGCACAUUCAGCAUCAAGUCGGACGUGUGGUCCUUUGGGAUCCUCCUCACAGAAAUAGUCACCUAUGGAAGAAUACCUUACCCAGGGAUGACCAACCCGGAGGUUAUCAGGAGCCUGGACCUCUCGUACCGGAUGCCUUGUCCGGAGGGCUGUCCCGAGGAGCUCUACGACAUGAUGAUGACCUGCUGGAAACAGGCGCCUGAGGAACGGCCCACUUUUGAAUUCCUGCAGAACAUGCUGAAUGACUUCUUCAUCGCCACAGAGGGACAAUAUGAGUCGCAGCCGUGAAGAAAGCAAAGACUAAAUGGUUCCUGCCGAUAAAAACAGAAGUGAGACUUGAACGGAUGGAGGAUCAAACAAUUCUCCCUUGGAUCGAUCCAUUUUUUUUUUUUUUUUUUAACAUUACGAAUGGACACAUUUUUUCUUCUACUUUAUGAGGGAAUAUUAAAGCUUCUUAUUUAUGGCUCCUUCCGUCUCUAGCAGCUGUAAGACUGAAGGAGCUUAUGUCAAUAUCAGAAAACAGAAAAUUUUAAUUUUCCUACUGUCCUCCUACUAUAGAUGACUAAUAAACAGACGAUACAUAGAAAUGUUAAAAAAUAAGCAUGAACAGCUAUAGAUUUAAUGUUUGUAUGAAACAGACACAACUGGCCUGAGAUUACAUGCACAAUACUUGCACUUUUUAUUAUUUCAAUCAUUCAGUGGAUAUAUAAAU